AUGAGUCGACUACUCCCAAUACCACUCAGCGCACUGCUGCUGCUAUCCUGCGCCCUCAAUGCCUCCGCGCAUGGCGGCGCGCAGCAUGAACAAGUCGUAGUUGCUCCUGACGCGGACUGGGCGACGCGACACAUGGCCGAGGAACACCACAUCACCGCCUUUGACGCCGGCGUCUUCUUCUCGCUACACGACUACGACUCCACCGGUGUCUGGGCCAGCGAGGACAUCCGGCGCACCUAUGGGCUCACCGACGAGUCUACCUCGCACAUUUCGGAGACCAAGAAGAACGCCGUCGUGCAAACAGUCCUCGACAUGUUCGAUAUUAACAAAGACGGCGUCAUCUCCGCAGAGGAAUUUCACCGGAAGGACGCCGAAGGCGUAAAGCUGCCGGACUUUGGCAUGGGACCGGGACACCAUGGCGAUGAUGAGUACGAGUACGAGAUUCACCAUUGGGAGAAGUAUCAUAGUGGGGACGAUGUCAAGGAGGAGGAUCUGAAUCAUCCCGAGGACAUUGAGCAUUUCAAGAAGCAUGAGGAGAUGGAGAGACGGCAGGAGGAGUGGGAGAGGCUAGAGAGGAGUGGCGUUGUGGUGGGGAAUAUUCCGGCGAAGUUUAGGGUUAACUAG